ACAAACGCACGUUUCCACAAAUGUUAUUAAAAAAAAGCCACCCCACUAGGAUCCACAUUCUUCUGGACCAUCAUGGACACACAUCAUGUUUUGCUUGUUCUGCUGGUGAGUGCAUGCACUGUCCAAGUUUCUAUUCAAGGGCCAAGUGAAAGCAGACUGUUUGAAGAUCUGUUGCAUAGAUACAAUAAACUGGAGAGACCAGUCUACAAUGAAUCUCAGAUUCUUAACGUUGAAGUCGGCAUCAUCCUGAAGCAGAUCAUGGAUGUGGAUGAGAAGAGCCAGGUGUUGACAACCAACAUUUGGCUGCAAAUGUCCUGGCAUGACUAUAAAUUAAAAUGGGAUGCAGCUCAAUAUGAGGGCUUGGACAGUCUACGAAUUCCUGGUGAUCUCCUUUGGAAGCCUGAUAUUCUACUUUAUAACAGUGCCGACCAAAACUUUGAUCCCACCUUCAAUUCCAAAAUUGUGGUUAGCUCCUCUGGCAAAUGCUUGCGUAUCCCUCCAGGGAUAUUUAAGAGCACCUGCCGAAUUGAUACCCGCUGGUUCCCCUUUGACAUCCAGAAAUGUGACCUCAAGUUUGGCUCCUGGACUUAUGGGGGCUUCUCUUUAGACUUAUCACUGAUCGAGGCAGACAUCAGUGAAUAUGUUCCUAAUGGAGAGUGGGACCUUGUUGUGGUUUCAGGAAAGAAGAAUGACCACAUUUAUGAGUGCUGUACGGAACCCUAUCCUGAUGUCACGUACACCAUAGUGAUGCGCAGACGGACUCUCUUCUAUGUACUCAAUCUGCUCAUCCCUUGUAUCCUGAUCUCCAUUUUGGCCCUUUUCGUCUUCCUGCUGCCUGCUGACUCAGGGGAGAAGAUAACGCUGGGAAUCACAGUCCUACUCUCCCUUAUCGUCUUCAUGCUGCUACUUGCAGAAAUUAUGCCGGCCACUUCAGACUCUGCCCCUCUAAUAGUUCAGUACUUUGUCAUCACCAUGGGCAUUGUUGCGCUCUCUGUGAUUCUCACGGUUGUGGUCCUACAAGUUCACCAUCGUGACCCUAAUGCAGUAAGGAUGCCAAAGUGGAUCCGUGUGGGCCUCCUUGAAUGGUGUGCCUGGUUUCUGCGCAUGAAGCGUCCAGGUGAGGACAAAACACAGAGCAAUCCGACCAGCAUGGAUGUCAAAGCCAAAAUGGAGAGUGGUCACUCGGCCUCACCAGAGCCUGGUGAGGGAGAGCUUCUUCUCACCAAAUAUCCAAGCCCCACAGUCAGCAGCAGCGAAUCACAGCUCGCCAACAUCCUUGAUGAAGUGCGCUAUAUUGCUAAACAUUUCCGUGACCAGCAACAGGUGGAGGCCAUGCGCGGUGAUUGGAAAUUUGCUGCUGCUGUGAUUGAUCGUCUUUGUUUCGUGAUUUUCUUGAUAUUCAUUGUCCUCUGCACCUUUGGGUUUCAUAUGUCAAAACCAAACUUUAAUGAGGAUGUUUUCAAUGUGGUCUCUUGAGAAUGUGGUACAAAAAUAAAUACCACAGUGAAGGCAUAAAUUCA